AUGGAGCAACUUCGGAACAAAGUUAACAAAUCCGACUCAACCCGCCGAUUUCGACGGAAACCCGUGGACAACGUGGUUUUAGUGGCUGCUGGAAUCCUAAUCUGUAAUCACCUAUCCCUCUCAUCCAUAGUCUAUUGGCUCUCACUCUCACUCUCACUCUCACUCUCACUCUCACUCUCUCUCACUCCCACUCUCAAUCUCUCUCUCUCUCCCUCUUUCUGGAAUGUCUCUCUCAGUCUCUCGAAUUCUCUCUUCUUCAAUCACACUCGCCGGCGUCUCGUCGUGGUUCGUGUGUCGCUUCCUUCCCUUGGCUCGUCGUCGCCGGCGCAGAAGCAACGCAACCAGCAGCUGGCCCUCGCCGUCUUCUUCCUUCGUCGCCUUCCCUGGGCUCGUCCUCGCUCGUCAUCUUUUGGCUUCGGGGCCUCGCUGUCGCUUCCUUCUUGCCGGUCUCGUGCCGAGUCUCCGUGGAUCCUGGUGGUGAAGGACUACAAAAUUCGUCUCUUGAUAGCCGAUUCAUUAGUUUGCAGCGACUGCAACGAAAUUGGAAAUCAAGAACAACAGAGUGGUGGGAUGCUUACAGGAUUGCAUAGUCCAGUUUAAAAGAUGCUGAUGUAUAUGAUUUAAGCAAGCUUUUUGUCUAUGUAACCUUGUGGUUGCUAGAAUUGUGUUGGGAAAGAACUGGAUUUAUGCAUAUCCACGCAGAUACAUCACUUGAUUAUGCUUAUCUAUGUUUAUUUUGUUAGAAGUAAACAAUUAAAUUUAAUACUAUCAUGGGUUGUAGAUUUAUAUGAAAAGUAAAUGAAGGGCAUUUGGCAUGAGUAACAUAUGAAAAAAGGGUUAUCAAUUGAUAAAGCACUAAUUACAUUUCAAAACAAACUAGAUUAAGUAUUUGAUCUACGAAGACUUCACCAACAAUCACUAAGAAUAAUAUUAUUUUCGGUUAAGGUGUAAACAAUAUUCUCACAUAAUCAUU